UCUGGCGGUUUCCUCGAUCUGCUUGAACUUGCUUUGGUUUUGGAUACGAUCAGAUAGACAGGAUCCGCAACGGGCAAAAUUGCGCGCUCAAAUUUUAUCUGGAAAAUAGAACCUCACCAUUUUGAUUUGCCGCCAAUUUACGAAUUGAUUACAUAGACGAUUUAAUCAUUUGCGUUAGAUAGCAACGUUUCUAUAAAAUAUACUCUUUUUAGUGUGAGAUUGCACACGGUUGUGGAAGUAUUUAAGAGUGAAACCGUUUUUGUUGUUGCCAAACGGAAGGUCUUUUUGUUUUUCUACUUUGUCGGAUGAACUCUUCAAGCUCCGAACUUCAGCAUUUGGGAAACGCUCUUUUUUCUUAUCUUUGCUUUCAUAAUGUAAAUCCGACUCGUUAUCUUUUUUUGUUGGACGUAAACCUACUGGUCCUGUAACUUAUGUUUUGGUAUGCGUAAGUGGAAGUUGGGACGGGUCUUUCGACAAUCGACGGUCGACAGGAACACGUUAACUUCAGAUUUUGUUUCAUUGUGAUUAGUCUAAUCCGCAACAUCCUACCUUCCGUUGGUUCUGAGACUUCGAGUACGUAAUCAGGAUUCGAUCGCGCGAUGAGUACUAAAAAGCUGCGAAGUGGAAAGAAGGUGGCGGUAGAUUCGGACGUUGAAGAGCUCAGUGAUGGCUCAACGUCGAGUAAGCGCCUAACGGCCCCCGAGGUGCUGCAACUGGCCAUGGACGGUCUACCUUCACCCCCGAAACAGCGACGCCCGACGCGCAGCACCGUUCCGAAGAGUGCGCAUGAGGCCGAAACGGAAGUGAAGGAGCCUGCUGGUCGACUGCGGAGCGGACGCACGAGGGUUGCCAAGAAACACAGCCUGAGGGAGUAUUCGUCAUCUGAUGACACAGAUCAAGAAGAAGUGUAUAAACCUAAAUCCUCCAGAAAGAAAACGAUUAUCCCCAUUGCUCCUGAACCGAAACCCUCACAGACUGAAACCUGGGAGGUGAAAACUGUUCAUAAAAGUGGAAAGUCUCGUGUUGAAGGACUCUCUGAAGGAGAUCUCAAAAAAGACAAAAAGAAGCGCUUGGAGUAUUUAUUGAAACAGAGUGAAUUAUUCGCUCAUUUUAUGAGCUCUGGAGGCACUGAAUCCGAAAAGCGAACAACAAGAGCAGGGAAAGACGGAAAAACUGCUUUCGAUAGCCAGCCGUCUACUGAUCAUCGCCAUGCGCACAAGGAUGACGAGCAGGAAAAGAUGGAACUGCUGACUACUGAGACGAAGGCGAUCCCACGUUUUGAGAAAACACCUUUCUAUAUCAAAGGAGGUGAAAUGCGCGAUUAUCAAAUUCGUGGAUUGAACUGGCUGAUUGCACUAUGCGAAAACAGUAUUAAUGGCAUUCUGGCCGAUGAGAUGGGCUUGGGUAAAACGCUGCAAACCAUUUCCCUUAUUGGCUACAUGAAUCACGUUCGUGGAAAUGAGCACCCCCAUUUGAUUAUCGUACCAAAGUCAACGUUAUCCAACUGGAGUAAAGAAUUCGCGCGCUGGUGUCCAACAAUCAGUAUAGCUGUUCUGAAAGGUGAUCCAGAUGAGAGGAAUGAAUUCAUGAAAGCCAGCCAGAAAGAGCGAACAUGGGAUGUCCUUGUUACAUCGUAUGAAAUUGCUCUUAGAGAACAGAUUUUUAUUCGUCGGCAUCUAUGGAGCUAUUUAGUUAUUGACGAAGCGCACCGAAUUAAAAAUGAGCAGGCAAUGCUGUCUGCCGCCGUACGAUCUUUCAAGUCCUAUCGGCGGUUGCUUUUAACGGGAACGCCGCUUCAGAACAAUCUGCACGAACUGUGGGCCUUGUUGAAUUUUCUGCUUCCGGAUGUUUUCGAAUCAUCUGAUGAUUUUGAUUCUUGGUUUGAUGAACAAAGCUGCGUUACGGACGUCGCACUGGUCGAACGGUUACAUUGCAUUUUACGUCCAUUCCUUCUGCGCCGAAUUAAAGCGGAUGUAGAAAAAAAUUUGCCACCAAAAACAGAAAUCAAAUUGUUUGUGGGACUAACUCCUAUGCAACGCACUUGGUAUCGCCAGGUUUUGCUGAAGGACAUCACAGCGCUGAAUGCCUCGCACGGUGUUGGGGCGGGAACACUGCAAAACAUUCUCAUGCAUCUCCGGAAAGUUUGUAAUCAUCCUUACCUGUUUGAGGGCGCCGAACCAGGACCACCUUACACUACCGAUCGACACUUGGUCGACAAUUGUGGGAAGAUGAUCUUGCUGCACAAAUUGCUGCCGCGUCUAAAGAAUGAAGGGCACCGCGUGUUAAUUUUUUGUCAAAUGACGAGGCUGCUAGAUAUACUGGAAGAUUACUGCGUUUGGUCAAAUUAUGAAUAUUGCCGGCUGGAUGGCAGCACUGCACAUGAAGAUCGAGAGGAGGCAAUUACUGAAUUUAACUCUCCGCGGUCCAAGAAGUUCUUGUUCUUACUGAGCACUCGCGCUGGAGGACUGGGUAUUAACUUGACCUCUGCCGAUACGGUCAUAUUGUACGAUUCCGACUGGAAUCCACAAGUGGAUUUGCAAGCCAUGGAUCGCGUUCAUCGCAUUGGUCAAACCAAGCCUGUCACUGUGUUUCGUUUGGUAACCGAAAACACCGUAGAGGAACAAAUUAUUGAACGGGCAGAACGGAAAUUGCACUUAGAUGCAAUGGUUAUUCAAAGCGGUCGAUUAGUUGAUGUGUCCAAGAAACUGAACAAGGACGAAAUUCUAAAGAUGAUCCGCUUUAAUGCCAAUAACAUCAUCCACAGCGAUGUGGGCAAUAUUACGGAUGAAGAUAUCGACACGAUCCUUACCAAGGGGAAAGCUAAGACGGAAGAAAUGCACAAGAAGUAUUCAGAGCAGACGGAAGAAGGGUUGCGCGGACUGACCAACGAUUUUACGGAGAAACCUGCUGAUUAUUUGUAUCAGUUUGAAGGUGAAAACUAUCGCAAUAGGAACACGACGACCACUAAAACUGAUGAUUUGGAUAACUGGAUUGCGUUACCGAAGCGCGAACGAAAGCAGCUGUACGAUUUGAGUGGAUCCAUUGCCGGCUCGUCAAGAGAUUCUCCUCCGUAUAAUCCCAUGAAAAACGUCCAGAAGUUGAAACGCCCAAGUAUCCCGAGACCUCAGACGUAUCGAUUCAUGGAUAUUCAUUUUGCUCCUCCACGUCUUAUGAAAUAUUUGGCCCAGGAACAACUCGCAUACAAAAAGGCUAUUGGCUAUAAGGUUGAUAUUGAUCCUGAACUAGAGCCACAACUUCUCGAGCGUUUAUUGGCCGAACAGGCAAAAAUUGACAAUGCGCAGGCCUUGACGGCUGAAGAAGAAGCUGAUAAGCAACAGUUGCUCAGCGAUACCUUCACACAGUGGCGACGUUCAGAUAUUGCGUACUUAUUGCGCGGUUUUGAAAUUUACGGUCCAGCACAGCCGGAAAAAAUUGUGAUUCCGGACAAAACGUCUGAAGAGGUGAAAGCGUAUAUCGGCGUUUUUCUAAAAAACUAUGAAAGCCUUCCAGACGCAGCAAGAAUCAGAACGCGGAUCAUAAAAGGGAUCCAACAGCAGGAAAAACAAAAGCGACGCCGUGAAGUUAUUAAACGGAAAAUAGACAGUUCGGAUUUCCCCGAGGAAGAUUUGAAAAUUCCCUACCCAAAUGGUCAGCGACAUAGUGCAACGGGCUUGGCCAACGUUUCUAAUGGUCGAGUUGCUUGGUUUGAACAAGAGGACAGGUUUGUCCUUUGCGCUUAUGCAACUGCUUGCGAAAGAUAUGAAGAUGAAUGUGAAGAAAUGUACGAGUUUAUUCGGGAUUCUAUUCGGGCGUCCCCGCGUUUCCGUUUCGAUUAUCUUAUGCGCGCUGUUAGCACGGAGCGCGUCAAGGAGAGACUAGAGCAACUACUGACCUGGUUAGUUCGUGAAGCUUACCCGCAGCAAGCCAGCCAGAAGUACAGCUUUACGAAUACCGCCGCUGGACUGCUGGGUCAAGCCAACCGGCCAGACACGCAGGUGCUAGGAAAUCUCGCAGUAGCUUCCACGAGCAUGCCCAAACCGCUUCCGUCGCCCAGUAAGUUUGGAUCUAUCUUGAAUCGUCAAGGUCCAUCUUUGUCUGCUGGAAGUGGCGUAAUAUCCUUGGCGUCCAUGUUAAACGCAAGUCCAACCAAGUCUACAAGCUCACAGUAUCCGAAAACGAUUACACUGAAGUCCAGCGAUACUAAAGCACUGGAGGGUGGUGUUGCGACAAACGUGCCUGGAAGCGCUGCGUCCGGAUCGAAAUAUGUGAAAGUGCCUCCGGGAACAUCGGUUGUUAUAAAAAAGAUUAGUCCUCCGACAUCUUCCGCUCAUAAAGCCGAUCUCUCGUUGUUCAAAAACGUGCAAUCUACUCAGAAGGUGGCUCCCGGAAUCUCCAAGAUUCCGACAUGGGCACAGGGAAGCGCUUCAAAAGCUGGACCGUCCAAUGCCAGUGUUAAGCGUGCAGUAGAAACUGACUCGGACACGGAUGAUGACGAAGUGGAAGUAGUGUAUUCUAAUGUUAAACCCUCAGCCAAAAGACCAAACACUGCUUUGUAGGCCGGAGUUUAUUGUUAGUUUUUACACGAUGUACUAGUAGUUUUCUUGCAUUUAUCACGGGUAAUGUCAGUUGUCAAGUCCCUUUGUAUGUACGCUGCAACUAGCGCGGACGUUUCAAUUUGUCAAUUCAAUCUGUUUGGUUUAUAUCCGGAUAUAAUUCCGAUAAGCAAUUAUUGUUUUUCAUCGUUGUAAAGUCAAACUGAUCUUACCGUUUGGCACCAGUAUGUAUUCAGCUAAAUGGAUUAAUAAAUUUGAAUAACA